CGAAAUGGGGGUUAAAAUUUUUUUUUCAGAAUAUGAUCACAACCACCCUGCCCUUUUAUAAGAACUACCAAAAUAAUAUAACCCAAACAAUUUCAACCAAAUUGAGGGAUGUUUAGGGGUGCCACCAGCCAGGGGCACAACUUGACACAACUUACUUAAUAUAUAUAUAUAUUAUAUAAUGGCAGAUUGUUGACAUGUUGUGCAGGUGUCUGUAUUCUGUCAAUCCAUGAAUGAGCUUAGGUCUAUCUGUGAGUGCCACAUAUCCAAUUGGACUUAUAGAGAAUUUUUUUGUCACUUCUUUGUACUCAUUAUCAAGCUCAACAUCCUAGACUCUACAAACUGGAUGUUGGGUGUGAGUUUGUGUUACCUAUUGUCCCUAAAUUAUAUAUCAUAUAAUACUAAUAAUAGUAAUGGUUUCUCUUUUUAGAUGGCUAGUACUAGUGGUAGUGGCACAAAGCCAAAGACAAGGAAAGACAAUGAAGUAUGGUUGAUUGGGCCAACUGCACACGCUUUGACUGGUCUAAAACUGCCUUCUACUGGGGAAGUUAUGAGUUUGUUCUUUCAAAUUCACAAAGUCAACAAAGCAACCAUCAAAGAGAGUGCCAAGGAAGUGAUCAAGCAAGUACUCCCAUUUUGGGAAAUGGCAAGAAUACCAACUUGCUCAGAAAUUCAUGCCCGAGAAAGAGUUGAAAAAAUGUUUGUGAAAUGGAAAAGCCUUCAAAAAGCUGCCAAGAGGAGAAGCCAAGCUCAGCAAAUAAAGGAAGAAGUUUUCAAAGAACAAUUAAGUAAACUAUUUGACAUUGCUCAUGCAAAUGCUUUGACAAUGAUCAAAAUUGAAGAAGAUCGGCAAUUCCUUCUAGCACAACGAGAGGGAAGGAAAGGAUACUUGGGUAGAGUUGAUAAAGAACUAGCAGCAAAAGAAGCUCAAGACAAUGAAAGUGGUUAACGAUGUGGCUGAGAGAGGUGUGGCACUCAUCCAAGAUUACAUCCAUGUAAUAACAAAGGAUGAGGAACAACGCCAAUUUCUACUCCAGGUGGUCAGUGAUCAUCGAAAGAACUUUCCAAACUCUCUAAAAAGGACUGUAAUAGAGGCACUCAAGAAGAAUGACCUGUGUUGCUAAAUUUCAUUGAUUUUGCUGUAUUACAACUAUUAACACCUAACUGUAUUGAUAUU